AAAAGAAGAUGUGGCCCAAACCUUCCCACAUGAUCGGACAGCUGCACUGGAGCCUCCAGUUCUAACGUCACAUCGCCAUCCUCGUGUCUGAGUCUGUGGAAAAGCGCAAUGACCACGCAAUUCAAGAGCGGACCUGCUUUCGGACUGUCUGCGGAGGUCAAGAGUAAGCUGGCCCACAAAUAUGACCCACAAAAGGAGGAGGAGCUAAGAAUGUGGAUCAAUGAGGUCACAGGCCGCAGACUUCCCGAGAACUUCAUGGAGGGACUGAAAGACGGAGUUAUACUCUGCGAGCUCAUCAACACUCUUCAGCCCGGUUCUGUAAAAAAGAUCAACAACUCUCCUCAAAACUGGCAUCAGCUGGAAAAUAUUGGUAAUUUCGUCCGAGCCAUUCAAGAGUAUGGACUGAAGCCACAUGAUAUAUUUGAGGCCAACGACCUGUUUGAGAACGUCAACCACACUCAGGUCCAGAGCACACUUAUUACACUGGCUGGGAUGGCCAAAUCUAAAGGCUUCCAUUCGAAAUACGACGUUGGAGUGAAAUAUGCAGAGAAACAACAGCGCAAAUUUGAUCCGGAGAAACUGAAGGAAGGACGCAAUAUUAUUGGUCUGCAGAUGGGCACCAAUAAGUUUGCCAGUCAGAAGGGUAUGACAUCUUACGGCACACGGCGUCACCUCUAUGACCCAAAGACGGGUAUGGAGAAUCCUCUGGACCAAUCAACAAUCAGCCUGCAGAUGGGCACCAACAAAGGAGCCAGUCAGUCCGGCAUGACGGCCCCCGGCACCAAGCGGCAGAUCUUCGAUAAGAAGCUGGACAUGGAGAUGUGCGACACCUCUACCGUCUCGCUGCAGAUGGGCACCAAUAAAGUGGCGUCCCAGACCGGCAUGACGGUGUACGGUCUGCCCCGUCAGGUGUACGACAGCAAGUACUGCUCCAGCCCCGAUGACUACAUCAACAACGGCCAGGACUCAGAGAUGGAUGGAUACCAGUACUCUGACUAGGAUGAACAGACAGCUGCCAGCACACUGCUUCUUUCCAAACUCACCUGCACUGUGUUUAAAAUCCAAAGUCCUGUCGAGCAGAAGGAGCAGCUUGAACUGUUUCCUGAGAUCACGGCCACCGAUCACAGCUGAGAACUUCAGUGACUGACCGCUCGUCCAAAACAAACUUAGGACGAAUGUCUUUGGCUCUUUGUCUUUUACACAGGCUUUUUAUGCUUCUCACUCAUUUAGUUUUAUAAUUAUUAUUAUUAUUUCAGUUUUAUUGAUAUUUUUUUGAGUGCGUCAUUCCCCCAUCUCCCACAUGGCCCGAUUUUCUUAUAAGAAAAAAUAAUGCAGAUGAUAAAUGUGGAGAUAUUAUUAAUGAUGCCUACACUGAUACACUACUACAGUAGUUCAGAAUCAUUUCGAUUACUUCAAGUUUUUAAAAGAAGUAUCUUUUCCUCACCAAAGCUGCAUUUAUUUGAUUAAGACUAUGAAAUAUUAUUACAAUUCAAAAUAACUGUUUUGUGUUUGAAUAUAUUUUAAAAUGUAAUUUAUUUCUGUGAGGACAAAGCUGUGUUUUCAGCAUCAUUCCUCCGGUCUUCAGCGUCACAUGAUUCUUCAGAAAUCAUGAUAAUAUUCUGAUUUGCUGCUUAGUUGUUAUAGGUGCUCAAUUGUUAUUAAUGGUUCUUAUUAUUAUCAUGUUUUUGCUGCUUACUAUUUUUGUGGAAACUGUGAUGCAUUUAUUUGAAAUGUAAAUCUUUAGAAGCAUUAUAAAUAUCUUUACUGAUACUUUUGAUCGAUUCAACAGAUCCUUUCUGGAAAAAAGUAUUCUUUUUUUUUUAUUAUUAUUGUAUUCUACUUUUAAUAGUAGUGUAUCAUUUUUUUCAAAAAAUACUUUUUUAUAAGAAAAAAACACCAAAAACACAACACUGAUAAGAGUAAGAGAUGUUUCUUGAGCAGCAAAUCAUCAUAUUAGAAUGAUUUCUGAAGGAUCAUGUGAUGCUGGAGGGAGGAUUAGGUGCAGUCUGGCCAAAGUUAUUACAUUUUUUAUUUUUAUUUUCUUAAAUCAGUUUAUCCUUUUAUUGACAAAGAGAGUAGACGGACAAAUAGAGAACAAGCUACUGUUAGCGUUUUUUUUUCAAUACCUAAUCAUACUGUGAAACAUGUGAACCAAAACUGCAUGACUUAAAUUGUAAUGCCACUUUUUAUUUUAUUUUUUAGAAAAAUGACUCGCUCCUAAAAGCUAUAUAGAAAUUAUUUAGUAAACUUGCAUAUAUAUGCACCGCGAGUGUUACCGCUUUAAGCCUGCCAAACCUAAUACUCGAUUAUGAAAGUGAAACUUAUGCAACAAUACAACAGGCAAGACCUGCUCAUGAUUGAGGAUGGUUGUGAGUCUACAUAUAAAAUAAGUUUUAAUGUGCAGAGUUAAUAUAUUUAGCUAUUUAAUAUAAAUAAGUAUUUAGGACUAGAUUAAUAGAUCUCACCCUCAUGUAAUUCAAUUGUUGAAGAUAUUAGUCUUUCAUAUUUCAUUUCUAUAUCAGUGUGUGUUAAGGAUUGCCAUUGUUUUGCAUUACCGCUGAACACAAGAUCAUAAAGCGGUGAAUUAUUUUUGUUUCUCACAGAAGAUGUAGCGUGUCCCUCUUGCAUUAUUAAUGCUUCUAAUGUCUUUAUUUAUAAGGCUUACCAACAAAGGCUGAGCAAGUGAAAAACUAAUAAAUCACUAUUUUCAAA